CUGGUGACUAAAAGAAGCAAAACACUAAUGUUAAUACGAAAACGGACAUUAGAGAAGGCAGCAUGGUUCUCCUGUGGAUCUUCAUACCAGGUCUCCUAGUAAAUGUCCACAUUGUGGAGCUGGUGCCCGUCACAUGGCAUGAUACAGACUCCAAAGACAUCACUAAAGAGGACUUGCUAAAGGCUCAGGAAUAUGUAGAGCGAUUCUACAAUGUAUCUACUGUAUUUAGAAGGCUGACCAAUCCGAUUGAGGAGAAGAUCAAGGCCAUGCAAACCUUUUUUGGUCUUAAUGUCACCGGAAAAAUAAACAAGGAAACUCUGCAAAUUAUAAGGAAACCCAGAUGUGGGGUCCCCGAUGUCCAGAAGUUCAGUCUUUUUCCUGGGAAACCAAAAUGGGAGAAAACAACAUUGACAUACAGAAUUGUCAACUACACUCCAGAUAUCACCAACUCAGAGGUAGAUUAUGCCAUUGCACAGGCUUUCAGGCUCUGGAGUGAGGUCACCCCCUUGAAUUUUCGCCAGACUUAUAGUGGUGAAGCUGAUAUUAUGAUAUCCUUUGGAUACAGAAAUCAUGGGGAUUUCUUUCCAUUUGAUGGACCGUCAGGAAUUUUGGCACAUGCUUUUGCUCCAGGUAAUGAAAUUGGAGGAGAUGUUCACUUUGAUGAAGAAGAGACUUGGACAUUGGGUCGCCAAGAUACCAAUAUUUUCCUAGUUGCUCUUCAUGAGCUGGGACAUUCUCUGGGACUGGAACACUCAAGAUCUGAGCAAGCAAUAAUGUAUCCAAUGCUAUUGGAAACGUCAUUUGUGGACCCAACCAAGUUUAAAUUAUUUAAAGAUGACAUUGAAGGCAUCCAAGCUCUCUACGGAACAAGAAAGACCAAUGUUCCUAAACCAUAUCCACCAGUGAAUCCACCUCCUAGGCCAACAAUAAAACCUCAACCUAAACCACCAAAGGAGCCACAGCCUAAACCACCAAAGGAACCUCAACCUAAGCCACCAAAGGAACCACCGCCUAAGCCACCAAAGGAACCACAGCCUAAACCACCAAAGGAACCUCAACCUAAACCCCCAAAAGAACCUCAGCCUAAACCACCAAAGAAGCCUCAACCUAUACCACCAAAGGAACCUCAGCCUAAACCACCAAAGGAACCACAGCCUAAACCACCAAAGGAACCACAGCAGAAACCACCAAAGGAACCUCAACCGAAACCACCAAAGGAACCACCGCCUAAACCACCAAAGGAACCACAGCCUAAACCACCAAAGAAACCACAGCCUAAACCACCAAAGGAACCACAGCCUAAACCACCAAAGGAACCUCAGCCUAAACCACCAAAGGAACCAAAGCCUAAACCACCAAAGGAUCCACAGCCUAAACCACCAAAGAAACCACAGCCUAAACCACCAAAGGAACCACAGCCUAAACCACCAAAGGAACCUCAGCCUAAACCACCAAAGGAACCAAAGCCUAAACCACCAAAGGAUCCUCAACCUACACCGCCAAAGAAACCACAGCCUAGGCCUACAAAGCGACCUAAUACUAAACCAACACUGAAGCCACAUGCAAAGCCACAAGCGCCAAGAAGAUGUGACCAAAAAUUAGAGUUUGAUGCAAUAACUAGCAUGAGAGGGAAUUUACUGUUCUUUAAGGAAGGGAUAAUCUGGAGGAAAAGUGCAACAAAAAGCAAUAUCGAUACCAUCCUGAUCAACGGUACUUGGCCAAAAAUACGAAGCGUUGAUGCAGCCUAUGAGGUUCCACAGAGAGAUAUUGUUUAUCUUUUCAAAGGCCGACAGUUUUGGAUCACAAAUGGCUUUAGCAUGGUCAAGAAUUAUCCCCAAGAUAUCUCCAAGUUUGGCUUCCCAAGUUCGAUUAAGAAAAUAGAUGCUGCAUUGUUCUUAAAAGAAGAAAAGAAAGCAAUUUUCUUUGUUGGAGAUAAGUACUGGAGCUAUGAUCAUACAAGUCUCACGAUGGAGCCCAAAUCUCCAAGGAAAAUUAAAAAUGGCUUUCCUGGAAUUGGGAAAAGAGUGGAGUCGGCUUUUCAAGAUAAUGAUCGCCUGUAUUUCUCCAGUGGAGCCAACCAGAUUGAAUACAGCCCUAGGAGGAAACACGUCAUCCGCAAAAUCCCAAAUUACCAAUGGCUGAACUGCAACUGAAGAUAAAGGCUGUUUCAGAUUAAUUCUAAAAUAUGAAAUGUGCCUCCAAUCAUGUGUCAGAUAGAUAUACAAACAUACACGUCAAUAUUAGGUAAAAUUAUAUACAGCUUUAUUAAAUGCUUCCCAAACUUGAUAUGCAAAAGAUGUCUAAGUGUUGCUGCCACCUUCUGUCAAAAUUACAGAUCAUUAUACAUAUUUAACAUUCCUUUUUAAAACAAAAAGUCAUGCUAAACAGACGCUGUACUUACCAACCUUCUUCUUGGUAUGGGGCUCUUCUUCUGUAGCUCCUCCUCUAAUGACGUCAUCAUUAGAGACUGGGGGUACAGAAGAAGAACCACGGACCGAGAAGAAGUAUGGUAAGUAGAUCUUCUGUAUACAAUAUAGAGCAAAUGCUGUAUACUGUAUGUAACCCCCACCCGCCAAAGAGCUAAUUAGCGCUCUGCAGCACUAA